ACCUCGAGAAUAAAGAAGUAAUAUAUUUCAUUAAUUAGAAUGGCAGUCCACAUACAGUGGAAGGGAGGGCAGGGUUUGUGGUUGCUGUGGCAACGGUCUGCUUUAUGUAAAAGGCUACAUUCCUGGCAUCUGAUGUGUCUGUGUCGCGAUCGAUAAAACACAGUCUGUGAAGAAUGGAGAGAACGGGGCUUCUUCUAGGACAAUGAGAAAGAGAAGAGGAGCGAGGAAGAUGUGUGAAAAGGGAAGACCACGAGAACGGUAGUGUAGCAGCAGUUGAGUAAGAGAUGGAGAGGGAUUGAGAGGGUGGGAGAGGGAAAAAGAUGGCAGAGAAGACACCAGAGUGAAGCUGUUUGGAGUCGGGUAGAGGGUGGCUGUACCGUGAUGGUGGUCUGCAUGGAUACAAAGCUGUGCCGUGACAGAGGGCAGCGUGGGUAAAAGUCAUGCUUUACUCCGCCCUGUACCCUCUUUUGGGCGGGGCUCUGGUGCUCCUGCUGGCUAGCUGUGCCCUGGGCUGCCCUGCACGCUGCGAUUGUUCUGCCCAGACUAAGUCAGUCAGCUGCCACCGCAAACGCCUGCCCACCAUCCCUGAGGGCAUUCCCAUUGAGACCCGUGUUUUGGACCUGAGCAAGAACAAGCUGCGGAGCAUCACCCCAGACAAUUUCUCCUCAUUCCUACAGCUGGAGGAUCUGGACCUCAGCGAUAACUUGAUUGGGGUGGUCGAACCUGGCUCGUUUAAAUUUCAGCUCUCUCUACGCUCACUAAACUUCCAAAGUAACCUCCUCCAGCUUGUGCCCGCCGGUGUGCUGUCCGGCCUGACCAAUCUCACAAGCCUGGACCUCAGCCACAACCGGCUAGUGGUGCUGCUGGACCACGGCUUCCAGGACCUUCGGAGGCUGAUGUCCCUGGAGGUGGGCGACAAUGAGUUGGUGUUCAUCUCCCAGAGGGCCUUCACUGGCCUGCUGGGCCUACAGAGCCUAACCUUGGAGCGUUGCAACUUGACUGUGGUGCCCACCGAAGCACUGGGGCACCUGCAUAGCCUGGUGGAACUCCGCCUCCGCCACUUAAGCAUUGGCUCGCUGAAGCCGUACUCAUUCAAGAGACUUCCUCGCCUCCGUCACCUGGAGAUAGAUUAUUGGCCUUUGUUGGAAGUCUUCCCUGCUCUGUCGUUACAUGGUCUUAACCUCACAUCUCUCUCAGUCACCAAUACCAACCUGUCUUUCUUUCCCGGUCCUGCUCUGCACAACCAGCCCUACCUCACGCACCUUAACCUGUCCUUCUCCCGCAUCCACCACAUCCAGCAAGGGGUACUAGAUCAGCUUCCGCGGCUACAGGAGUUGCACCUUCGAGGGGCUCAGCUGGCUUACAUAGAACCACUUGCCUUCGUGGGCCUUCCAGCACUGCGUAUGUUGGAUGUAUCAUACAACCAGCUGGACUCCAUAGAGCGAGCUGUGUUUUCAGCCCCUGACAUGUUGCAGACACUUCUUAUAGGGGGCAACCCACUGGUAUGCGACUGCCGGAUCUUAUGGCUGCUGAGUGGGCGGAAGCCACCCUCGCUGCAGCUCCCUGACCCCCAGCCAGAGUGCAGUGCCCCUGAGCGCCUCCAUGGGAAACCGCUACGGGACCUCAAAGAGCCACUAGUUUCACGGUACGUGACCUGCACGAAGCCCCGGAUUGGGUCCAACACCACUCAGCUACUGUUAGCGGACGAAGGUCAACCUGUCCGGCUAAACUGCAUAGCAGAUGGGGCUCCUCGACCCUCCAUGGCCUGGGUGACACCACACAGACGCUAUGUCACGGCUAAGAGCACCGGGAGGGUAAUAGUUCAUAGCGAUGGCACCCUGGAGAUUAAGGCUGCAGAGCUGCAUGAUAGCGGCGUAUACCUGUGUGUGGCCAGCAAUGCGGCAGGCAAUGCCAGCCUGUCAGCCUCAUUGGCAGUAAAGAGCCUGGGCAUCAGCGACAGAUCACUCUAUGCUAACAAGAGCAGACUGCUUGCAGACUUCAACGGAACCUUGGCCAACGGGACUGUUCUGUACAAUAUGACAAACCCCAUAGACCUGAAAACCAUCAUCAUCUCAACAGCUAUGGGCUGCCUUUCCUUCCUCGGUGUGGUCAUCUUCUGUUUCCUCCUCCUGUUUGCAUGGAGUCGUGGGAAGGGACGGCACAAGAGCAAUUUUGACAUUGAAUAUGUUCCCCGCAAAUCGAAUGGGACAGCAGCUGAGGCUACGGAGACAAGUGGGCCCAGACGAGUCAACAUGAAAAUGAUUUAAUUUUACGAACAGACCAACUCAUAUAAUAGUAACCAACAAAAUACACAUAUCACAUAUCAUAUCAUUUGCAAAUGUUUCUUUGAUACAGUGGAGUUGUGAAAAUGAAAUUGAUGUACCGAUAUAGUGGGUGUUGAUAUGAAGGUGAUCUAGUGAUUCAGUGGACAUGUUGAUUUAAGUGAUCUAUGAUACUGUGGACGUGUUUAUAUAAAAUGAUGUUAUCAUACAAUAGACUGGAUAUAAUACUAUAUAACCCGCACAUCAAUAUGGUAUCAAUGCAGUGAUACAACACUAGGCCUGAGCUACACUGGUGAUGUGAUGACUAAUGAUGCCUUGGCACCAAGGUAAGAUAGGAAAGCCUCUGGGAGGGACAUUGGAGAAGUUAAGAUGACAGUUGAGCUAUCAUUGCUCUAGUCUGCCAUGUCUGUAGCAGAUUUUCUGAAAUAACCAUCUGAUUUGCAGGUGUGUGAUCCAGGACUAUGUGUACAAGUGGGGACCCUAAGUCCCCACAAACAUCAGUCCACUCAAGUUUUUCUUUUUUUUUGCAGAUCCGCACUAGGGAAAAUUUAAUUUGCAGCAUACUAGUCAAGUUUACAGAAAAAAACAAUUGGGUAUAUUGUUUGAAUUGGGGUUAAUUUUCGGUUUAGGCAUUAUUGGUUAAGUUUGUUGUUUACUAGGUUGUUUAGGUGCCAAUAUGUGCACCAUGUCAUCAAAUCCACUGACUUUCAAACUUGGAAUUUCAUGACUACCUUAGUAUGUUAGUUAAUCUGCUUAAAGAUUAUGCACAUCUAAACAACACAUUGUUAACUAAACAUAACUCAAAAGUCCCGGAAUGCAUCUUUACAUUUGGUGCAUUAAUGAUAGGUUGAGAUAAAGGUUGGAUAUAGGGCUAGGGUAUCGGGAACGUGGAUGUCUGGCUUUCUGGUCUCCUCAAGGAUAGAAAAACAAAUGUGUGUUUGUGUGCGUGCAUGCGUGCGUGCCCAGGGGGUGCAUGUACAAUAUAUGUUUUCUGCUUUUGUUGUGUGACAGGGUAAUCAUCAAAGAUAAUAGGGUCCAAAGUUGUUUUACCAACCUUUGUAUUUGUUAAUUAAUUGUAACAACAGUUUUGUCACUGUUGAGUAAAAUUGAGUAUUAUGUAUGUUUUUAUGGACAUGCACUCCAAACCCAAUCUAAGAGGACUGCUGCAUAAAUAUUUCCAAUAAGGUAAUUAUUUUCCUUUGUAACACCUCAAGAUAGUCAUGAAAGGUUUUUGUAACUCAAGAAAAAUUUACUAAUUAUUAACUUCAAAUGGGAUUGAAACUCAAAGCACUUAGCAACUUAAUUCUGAAUAAAUGGUAGUAGUAGAAAAGGUUGCUUUAAAAAACUAAAAUGAUUGAAACUGUAUGUUAAAUUCCCCUCUAUUACAUUAUCAAUCAAUGGCAGAUUUUCCUGCCUGCCAGAUCCACAAAUGUAACGUGAAACACAUGGUCAGUGACUAGACUAUACACAAUAGCAAAGAUUUACUGGCCAAUAUCCCCUUUGAACAGUACACACCUGGUGAAUUAUGGGUUUUUCUUUGAUCCAAAUUGUUUUGAGCUGGCAUGUCCUGCGGCCUCCCUUAAGUUAAAAUGGGUUUGUGGGUAUUUCAUAAUGGCAUUUGAAAGUUGUGGUGUUUUUGUUGAAAUGUUUUAACUGUAAAACUAUAUAUAUAUAUAAAUAUAUAUAUUAAAGUAUUAUACAUUAAGGGCAAAUCUUUGUAAAUGCAGGGAUAUGGGUGUCAACAUGUGUGAUCCAGUUGUGAUACAAUGUUUAAACGUUGUAUAAAUGUUUUCAUAUGAUAAAUUUAUGGGUAUAUUUUCAAACGGAAAUAAAUCGUAAACAUACA